CAGAACGCUACAAACUACACCUACACGAACCUCCUCACCACCCUCACUACCAUGCCGAAAGCCGAAUUUGGCUCUGCCAAAUAUGUCGCCAACAAAAUGAAAAGCAAAGGCCUCCAGCGCCUGCGUUGGUACUGCCAAGCCUGUAACAAGCAAUGUCGCGAUGCCAACGGCUUCAAAUGCCACGCACAAUCCGAAUCCCACGUGCGGCAAAUGCAACUUGUGGGUGAAGACCCACGCAAAUAUAUCGAAGACUUCAGCCGGGAAUUCAAAUCUGCGUUCAUAACCCAACUGCGGAUCUCGCACGGCGAGAAGUUUGUCGGCGCGAAUCGGUAUUAUAACGAGUACAUUCGGGAUAAGGAACAUAUGCACAUGAAUGCGACAAAGUGGGCAAGUUUGACCGAGUUUUGUAAGUAUCUUGGGAGGGAAGGGAUUUGUUUUGUUAAGGAGGAUGAAAAGGAUGGAUUGAUGAUUGCGUGGAGGGAUGUUAGUCCAGAGGCGGUUAGGAGGAGGGAAGAGAUUCGGGAGAUUGAAAGGGCGGAGGCGAGGGGGGGCGCGGGCGAGGAUAAGAUGAUGAAGAGGAUGGUGGCGAGAGCGAGAGCAGAGGCAGAGGCCAAGGCGAAGGUUGAAGAGGAGAGGAAGGCAGGGGAGAAGAGCGAUGCGACACCGCCGGCAGAGGAGAAGGCGGAAGGCAAGAAGGAGGGGGAGGAAAAGGGGGAGGGGGAGGAGGAGGAGAAACCGGUGGCACCGGCACCACCUGUCAAGCUGAGCUUUGGCUUGAAACCAAAGACCAUUCCGGCGAAUAAGGCGGGUUUAGGAAAAAUGAAGAGUCAGAGUGUUUUCAAGCGUAUGAGGACCGAGAAUGGAGAGGAUAAGGCUGCCAAGAAAUUGAAGGUUUGAGAGAGUCGAUUCUUUCGUAUCAAGCAUAGCGUGGAGUUCUGGGCUUCGAUUCACCGACCUUGUUUAUGGGGCCGGUGCUGGUAUUUGGCUUCGGGGGUUCACUAAUGGGGUAUGGUUAGGUGAUAUCAUCCAACAGCUACCUCGUGGGUAAUAAACUUGCCCAUUAAGAGGGUGCGAUACUUG